UGCCAGGAAUAUUGAAAAUUUCACAUGAACCAACUUCCAAACCAAACCACCUUUGAAGCUCAAAAUCUUGCUGAAGUAGCUAACCAAGAGCCUGCUGCUCCUCAGGCUGCCCUAGAUAAUCAACACCAGACUGAAUAUCAUUAUCAAGAUACCCCAACAAUGCAGACGAACUAUCAACAAGAGCAGAUCCAGCAAAAUGAGUCAUAUAUCCAGCCUCAAGACCCUGCUCAGACCUUGUUGAACCAAGCAAAAUUCCAGAGAAUGGAGGCUCCUCAGCCAGAAGUGGCUCAGCAAUACCUGGGAGAAGUUGAUUAUCAAAAUAUGGGAAUGAAUCAGCAAAUUUCUCAAAUAGAGUCUCUCCAGCAGCAGACUCCCCAAAUGGAAGUGUCUCAGCAACAAGUUUCUUAUCUUCCAGAAAGUGAUCAGACAGGCCCAAGCCCUCAGUUAGCAGGUCAAAAUCAAUAUGACCAGAAUGCUAACUUAGGAUACUACUAUGCAAACAAUCAAGCUAUGACUGAACAACCUAGCCUUGAGCAAAAUGGAGCUGCAGAAAUUGCUUUACAAAAUUAUCGACAGACAAUUCAGCAAGAGACAGGAGUUGAGUCUCAUCUCAAUGCCUUAAACCUGAAUGACAGGAAGAAGCAAGUGUCAGCACUAGAGAUUGCUAGAAAGACGACUCCCUGUGUACUCAGGCCUAGGGAUAGAUCUCCUCAGCAGCCUAUUGUCAGGAGGAAGCAAAAAGAAGUCAACCGUCCUCCAAUGACUGUUGAUCAAGUCUUCAUCAAAGAGAACAUGUGUGACCACCAAAUUGUCUGUGACAUCUGAAAAUGAGAGAGUUAUGAAGAAGGAGACGAAAUUGUCAUCUGAGAGACUUGUAAUGUUGCAGUCCAUCAGAGUUGUUACGGAAGAGAGAUCAAUGACUCAGUUCCCAUGGACGAUUGGCACUGCGAGAGAUGCAAAUAUAUCAAAGAGAAAAAGAAUGGAGACUUUUCCCACGCUGUCUGUAAGCUUUGCAACAAAAACAAAGGAUGCAUGAUUAGAGUGUCUCUUUUCUGGUAUCACAUCCAAUGAGUCAACUGGACGUCAGAGAUCUACUUUGAGGAUAGUGUGAAGAAGGAUAAAUUAGAAGGAUCUUUAGCCAAAGAUGAGUGUACUCAAGUAGCAAAGGAUACUUGUGUUUAUUGUAAGAUCCCAGACUGCUAUUGAAUUAAGUGAGACAUUUUGGGAUGAAACGAAAAGUUCUGAGUCAGGUGUGCAUCUGAAAGAGGGAUCAUUAAGCCAGAUGAUCAGAUGGAUUGUCAAAAGCAUCCUGAACUUGAAGAUGUUGUUUAUAUCUUUUGAGAACGUCAUCUGACAGAAGGAAUCAAUUUAGUACAGAGUAAAGCAUUUGAAAAAUUGAGAUUAGACCCAGUGAAGAUAGAGAAGGAAACUCAGAAGAUUCUGCAGAAAGAAAAAAGAAAUGCUAAUAGAAGAAAGAAAGUAAGAGGGCGGAAUAAUGCAAAUAAAUCAAAUUCUGGGACUCUAGGAUCUAGGAGCAGAAGUCAAUUAGUUGACAGGCAUAGUUCGAAUAGAGUUGACGAACUCGAAAGCCAGUAUGAUUUUUUGAAAAAUCAGUAUGCUCAGCUGUCAAGCUUAUUGCUUCAAACGAUGAUUAAUCAAAAUGUUUCUUCAAAAGAACUGAUUACUCUUACAAACAGAGGAUUUAAUAACCAAUCUGGAGGAACAUCAAGAUCAAGAAGGAAGUCUAAAAGAUCAAACGCAUGAAAGACACCUUCAAGGAGAAAUGCUUUAAAUAAGAAUACUAGAAAGAAGAAGGUAGAGAUGAAGUCAAAAGUACUUCCAAGAAGAACACGGAACUCUAAUAACAGAAUCAUGUACAGAGAUGUAAACUCCGCUGUUGGUCCUCCUCAGAGCCUCAAUGAAAUUGAAAAAGUGAUGAACCAGUUUAACAGUAGCAUGAGCUUAAAUGAGCAGAAGAAGCAAAAGAAGAGGAGCACCAAGGCAGCAUCAAAAAAGAGCAAACCUAAGCCUCCAAAUAGCUCGAACAGCUUUGGAAAGUCUACAAGAUUCCGAGUUUCCCAAGAUGUCAUGGAAUAUUUUUGAUUUAAGGACGAAAUUCUCACAUCUCAUGAACUUCAGACGCAGAUCCUUGAAUAUUUCCAGAGAAUUGGACUGUAUGACUCUGAGAGCAAAUGAGUAAAAGCCUUCUUAUGAGGAAAGGCAAGAAAAAUCUACAACCGUGAUAUUGUUGCUGAGGAUAAGAUCGUUAUAGACCUGAUAAAGAUGAAGCACAUUAUGAUAGUAUCUCCUGGGAGUCAAGGAGCAAAUCAAAUGAUCAAUCCAGCUCCGGUGAUGCAGCCAGCAACACGAGCAAGUCAAAGAGUAGUCAAUCAGAGCAUCACACAAGAUACUAAACAUGAAGAUAUUGGUCCUGGAGCUCAAGGUUCAUUGGGAUCAAAUAAGCUAGCUUUGCAAGGAUUGAUGAAGCUCGUUCAGCAAAAUCCUCAAAUUCUGGCUCAGCUGCCCCAACUUAGUUAA